AUAAAUCAUAUUAAUUCUCAAAAUGGUGUCGUUAUCAGAAGACAGYAAUUUCAACUUCGGUGAAAUCAUUGACAAAAGUCUCUUUGAAGAUGAAAUGGUGGCCAUCGCUAAGAAGCUUCACGACAAGAAAAUGAGUGUGUACGAUCUACAGUCGACUACAGAUGCAAUGUCACACGAGAAGGACAAAUACGUUAUGAUCAACAUUUACAAGAUGCAUGCUUCGAUAGUCGUUGUUGAUAAAGAACUCUUUAAGACAUUACUUUUUGAACCAAUAUUUGGACAACUUAUAGAUGGUCGCAACAUUUUUAUGAGGCAAGAUUCAGAGACUUACAGACGAAUGGCAACUUCCAUUCCACUUCAACAAUAUCACAUUUGUUUAGAUGAAACCAACUCCAAAUAUAUGUUGACCAGAAAUAUGUACUACUUCAACUGGCUGAUGAAGUCUCGCAGCUUUUUCGUCGGUGAAUCGGCGAUGUGUUAUUUGUAUUUUCAAUUGCUCGCUUUACAAGUUGUUCCCUCUAGAUAUCGUCUGCUGGAAAGCGAUUGCCUUGAGUUUGCAAAACGAUUCGCCAUGGAGGUCGCUGUACGAGAAAAUGGAAUACGAGCGAGCGAAGUACGGGUCCUUUACACAACUCUACGAGUAUCUGAACAGUAUUUUAUAGAGAACUUGGAACAAUCAUCAAGAAACAAUCCAACGAGUGCUUUCUCUGUUGCUGUUUCGUAUUUCAUGAGUUUUAAACCUGAGCGAAUAGUUAUAUCUGGAAUUUGUGUUCUUGUCGUGACGAUAGCGUUUCGAAUGGCGAGGCAGUUGAAAUCGGAAUGAUGUAGACAUACACAUGUUCCACUAGAAAGACUUGGUGAUUUAAUGGAGAGAGACUUUCUAUUUAUCAGGUCUAUAAUACGUACUUAAUGAAGAAGGCAAAAGCUGUUUCAUAACUAUGCGGUUUCAGGCCUCUCAGGGGCAGAUUUAGGGGGGGGCCGAGGGGGCCGCGGCCCUCCCUUUACCGAUGAAAAAAAAAAAUGAAGAGAACGAAAAUGAGGUGCAUUCUUGUUGCAAAUUACAGAUUGAGAAUAUUAAAAAAAAUAUUUUUGUUAAAUUCUCCUUUGCUGCUGUUUCUGGGCAGAGGAGACUAUUUUUGUUACGAUAAAAAUAAAAGUAAUGGCGAGGAGACUA